CUCUUUUUUCCUCGGUGGUUCAGACUACUGUCCUUUUUACAAGUUACUUUCUCCCAUUAAAGCUUUUUCAUAUCGACAUGAGUCGUGGAUCAAGUGCUGGCUACGAUAGACACAUUACAAUCUUCUCCCCAGAGGGUCGAUUAUAUCAAGUUGAAUAUGCCUUUAAAGCCAUUUCCAACAGCGGCAUCACAUCCGUCGGUGUGCGCGGUCGAGAGGGUUGUGUCAUUGUCACUCAAAAGAAAAUUCCUGACAAGUUACUUGAUCCUUCCACCAUCACACACAUUUUCCAAUUGACACCUAAAAUUGGAUGUGUCAUGACAGGCAUGAUUGCGGAUGCUCGUACACAAGUGACAAGAGCUCGUCAGGAAGCAGCAGAAUUUCGUUACAAAUAUGGUUACGAAAUUCCUACUGAUAUGCUUGCCAAGCGUAUUGCCAACAUUAAUCAAGUAUACACGCAACAAGCAGCUAUGCGACCUCUCGGUGUUUCUAUGAUUUUGAUCGGUCAUGAUGACGAAUGGGGUCCACAGUUGUACAAGUGUGAUCCUGCAGGAUAUUAUGUGGGUUACAAGGCAACAGCGGCCGGCGCUAAACAGCAAGAAGCAUUGAACCAUCUGGAAAAGAAGCUGAAGAAAAACCGCGAGUUGAACAUGGAGGAUACCAUUGAGCUUGCUAUUACGACAUUAUCAAGCGUACUGUCAGUCGAUUUCAAGCCCACGGAAUUGGAAGUCGGUAUUGUGACAGAAGAUGAUCCCAACUUCCGCACAUUAUCAAUCGAUCAGAUCGAAGAUCAUUUGCAGAGAAUUGUAGACAAGGAUUAAUAGCAUGAAUCGCUUUUAAUUAACACUUCCCCGUGCGUCCCUUCUUUAAUCUUUUUGUUUUACACAUGAGGUUCACUGGAUCGAUCUUUGUAUUCCUGUUU